AUGGUUCGCAAUAUCGUCGUUCUCGGCGGCUCGUCCCAUCCAACCCUGACCGACACAAUCUGCGAAAUCCUCGGCAUCCAGCAAGGUUCAGCUCUCUUCUCCAAAUUUUCCGUCGGCGAGACUCGAGUCGAGAUAGGAGAAUCAGUGAGAGGAAAAGAUGUCUAUAUCAUACAAUCAGGCGGUGGAAAAGUCAACGAUCAUUUCAUUGAACUUCUCAUUGCCAUCUCGGCGUGCAAGACCGCCUCGGCGAAGAAGGUGACCGCCGUGCUGCCACUCUUCCCUUAUUCGCGCCAGUCGGACAUCCCCUACAACAAGACCGAAGCACCUCUUGUCAAAGCCUCGAACCUGUCCAACAAGCUGGUGGCAGACUCCAAUGGGUAUACUUUCGACAGUAUUCCACCCACGCCGCACCCAGACAGAGGCGAAAGCCAUGGGCUGACCAAUAGCAAUGCCCACCUACUUCAUAAAGUCGCUUCCCGAUCACAGUUGGACGAGGUUGAGCAUAGCCCGACACAUCAGGCUCGCUUCAAUCACUAUCGCGACUCUAGCACCCACUCAAGCACAAAGUCGGACUAUUUUGCUGGGUCUCGAAAACGGGGAGACUCGUUUACAUCCAUGACCAACGGUAUCACCAGCCACGAUUUUGCUGCAAAAGUGGAUCCUCAGGACAGCUUCAAACCUCGUCCUGGCUAUCGCCAAUGGGUCGCUCAAGCGGGCACUCUGGUGGCCGACUUGCUCACCUGUGCUGGUGCCGACCACAUCAUCACAAUGGAUUUGCACGAUCCCCAAUAUCAAGGCUUCUUCGACAUUCCCGUUGACAAUCUGUACGGUCGACCAUUGUUGAAAAAGUACAUCCAGCACAAUAUCCCAGACUAUAAAAAUGGCGUGGUGGUCAGCCCUGAUGCGGGUGGUGCGAAGAGGGCCACUGCGAUUGCCGACUCCCUAGGCAUCGAAUUCGCUCUGAUCCACAAGGAGCGGAGACCGACCAAGAUUACAGACCGGCAAAAUGCCACAAUGAUGUUGGUUGGCGAUGUCAGCGGAAGGGUUGCCAUCCUGAUUGACGACUUGGCUGAUACCAGCAACACGAUCACCAGAGCAGCGAAACUCCUGAAGAAGGAGGGUGCUAGCAAGGUAUACGCGCUGGUCACCCAUGGUGUCUUGAGUGGUGAUGCAAUUGACCGAAUCAAUGCAAGCGCGCUAGAUAAAGUCAUUGUCACCAAUACAGUGGAUCAGCGGGAUCAUAGUAGACGAUGCCCGAAGUUGGAGGUUCUCGAAGUCGGACAUGUCUUCGCUGAGGCUAUCCGCCGAGUCCACUACGGAGAAAGUAUCAGUGUACUGUUCCAAUACGACUAG